AUGGUUGAAGUUAGAGGAAUUCGAUUAGACUCAAACACUCUCGGACCAACCAAUGGGUUAACCGCAACUAAAAGACCAGUCAUUUCCUGGGAGAUUUUUGGUAACGAGAAGAACUGGUAUCAGGGUGCUUAUCAAAUCAAGAUAAAAUACGGGGCCCAAACUUACAGCAUUUACGAUGUUGUCAACUCUGACAAUAAUUUGUUUGUGGAAUGGCCAGGAAGAGACUUGAAGUCAAGAGAAGUCAUAGCUAUUUCGAUUCGUGUUGCACCAAAAUCUGAUGUUUUUUCUUUUUCUGAAUGGAGUGAGCCCGCAGUCGCUCAAGUUGGAAUUUUGGAUAACUCCUGGAGGGCUCCAUUUAUUUCUAUGGUUGGGCAGCCUAAGGAUGAAGACGUUUCACCAGAAAUAUUAUUCAGAAGGAAUUUUGAUUUAUCGGCCAAUAAAAUUAAGUCUGCUAAGAUCUAUAGUACAGCUUUGGGGGUUUACGAAAUCGAAGUCAAUGGAAGGAAGGUUGGACAAGACUACUUAGCACCUGGUUGGACAAGCUAUGAUCAUCGUUUGCUCCAUCAAUUCUACGAUAUAACAGACUUGCUUACACCGCAUAGCAAUGCUAUUGGGGCUAGAGUAGGGUCUGGAUGGUAUAGCGGAAUGCUUGGUUUUGACGGUGGAGCCAGAAAUAUUUACGGAUAUCAAAGAGCCAUUAGUAUUGAGAUAGACGUGGAAUACGAAAAUGGUGAGAGAGCUGUGAUUCUCUCUGAUGAAGCUUGGAAAUCUAAUUAUGGUCCAAUUAAAGAUGCACAGUUGUACAAUGGUGAGGUAUAUGAUGCAAAUGACGAGUUUCCAGGAUGGUCUCUCCCGACGUUUAAGGAUGAUUCGUGGAGCCCGAUUGAAAUUAUUCAAUGCAGUUCCAAAUCAAUUGAGCCGCAAGCCUUUGGUUACAUAUGUGAAAUCAAUUCUCUGAAACCAGUCGACAUUUUCGAGACACCAAAGAAGAAGCUGAUUGUUGAUUUCGGUCAAAAUGCAGUUGGCUUCCCUCGCAUCAAUAAUGCCAAGGCUCCAAAAGGGCACACUAUUACUUUAAGAUUUGCUGAAGUUUUGGAGAAUGGGGAGCUCGGCACUCGUCCCCUGAGGCUUGCAAAAGCUACAGACCAGUAUACUUUCAAAGGUGAUAUAGAUGGUGAAACAUAUGCUCCCAGAUUUACAUUUCAUGGAGCAAGGUACUGUCAGAUUGAUAACUGGUAUGGAGAGUUUAACCCGACCAAUAUUGAAUUCGUCGUCAUUGGAAAUCUAAUGGAGACAACUGGUGGUUUUGAGUGUUCUGACAGAUUGCUAAACAGGCUCCACCAGAAUGUUGUCCAUAGCAUGAGAGGCAAUUUCCUAGCCAUACCGAUGGAUUGCCCACAAAGAGAUGAACGUCUCGGUUGGACAGGUGACAUUGCCAUAUUUUGUCCAACCGCACUCUACUUAUGUGAUUGCUACUCGUUCCUGCAAAGCUGGUUGAAGGAUUUGAAACUAGAACAAAAAGCGAAUGGUGGAGCUCCUGCUGUUGUGGUCCCAGAUAUUAUACAUGCAUUCGAAACAUUUUGGAAUGGUAAGAUAGCCGCUAUUUGGCAGGACGCCUCGGUUAUUGUACCUUAUGAGCUUUACAGGUCUUCGGGAAACAAGCAUAUCUUGCAAACCCAAUACGAAAGUAUGGUUUCAUGGAUUGAUUACAUUCCUAAAAUUGAAGGAAAAGUCAGGUGGGAUAAGAUUGAAGCCCAGUUGGGAGAUUGGCUGGAUCCAUCUGCACCACCAGACAACCCCCUUCUUGCUUUGACAGACGCCUAUCUGGUUGCUGAUGCUUUUCUUUUCAAGAUACUUACGAUAACUUCGGAGACUGCUGAGAUCUUAAAGUUAGAAAAAGAUGCGGCUUAUUACGCUGAGCUCGCUUCCAAAUGUCGUUCUGAUUUCAAUGAUGCUUAUGUUUCCUUGUCAGGAAAGCUGACAUCAAACACACAAACGGCAUAUGCUCUGGCUAUUUGUUUUGGGCUGUACAAAAAUGAUGAUCAAAUAUGCUAUGCUGGCAACCAAUUGUCCGAACUAGUAAGGCAAAGUGACUAUAAAAUCAGUACCGGAUUUGCUGGCACUCCAUUUGUCACUGAAGCUUUGACUAUUACAGGACAUAUAGAAGACGCCUACAAAAUGAUACUACAAAAAGAAUGCCCUUCAUGGCUAUAUCCAGUUUCUGUGGGUGCAACAACAAUCUGGGAACGAUGGGAUAGUAUGUUGCCUACAGGCCACAUCAAUCCUGGUGAAAUGACUUCUUUCAAUCAUUAUGCCUUGGGUUCAAUUGCCAACUGGAUGCAUGAAAGAAUGGGUGGUUUGAAAUUGAAGGAACCAGGCUGGCGAGAGUUUUUCCUUCGGCCUAUACCAGGAUCUAACAUCAGCUAUUGUGAAACUUUCCACAAAUCUCCCAGUGGCUUGAUCAGGUCUCAAUGGAAAAUAGAAGCUAGUAAGUUCACCUACAAUGUGACCGUUCCCCUGAACUCCACUGCCCACGUCACACUUCCUGAUGGAACCACUCAUUCUGUGGGGUCCGGAGUGUGGUCUUUUACGUGUUCAGCUUGA